AUGGUGGCGGAGGAGGUGGUGGCGGAGGAGGAAAUGUUGGCGGAGGAGGUGGCCUGGGAGGUGGCAUGGCAGUUGGGGCAGGAGGUGGUGGAGGAGGAGGAAAUGUUGGCGGAGGAGAUGCUGGAGAAUACGGUCCUACAGCUGUGGAUGUGGCUCAACCUGGUAUUGGGCAAUGGUGGUGGUGCUGGAGGUGGUGGCAUGGGAGUUGGUGCAGGAGGUGCUGGCAACAACAACAACAACAACAACAACAACAAUGCUGGCAACAACAAUGCCAACAACAACGCCGGCAACAACAACAACGCCGACAACAACCCGGCCUUCCCCCCAGCCCAACCGCUGCCAAUUAGGCGUAGACCCCGUAGAAACGCUAAUGCAAACCCUGCCGCAGCAGCUCCACCAAGGCGCCCAAGGGCAAGGCAGAUUCAGAACAACAAUGCUGCUGCUGGACCCAAUGCUGCUGCAGCUGCUGCCGCCGCUGUCGCCAUUGCUGCGCACAUGAACGCACCACCUGGAGGUCGGCCCAGAAGGCUGGCGGCGGCCCAUGCGAAUGUUGCAAUCAGGGGCAAUGAGGGGGCGAUACUAAGUGGAAGUGAUAAACCAGGUGCUCACCUCAUUAGAGAAUCAGGCACCCUACAGUACACCCUGGAAGAAGUUGGGAUGACAGAAGAAGUCAGCAAACUCAGCGAGCUUCAGGGGUCACCAGAGUCAACUGGAUGUCAUCUGCCAGUGAAGAGAAGUUGUCAUCCUGGAGACACUGAGAUGCAGCCACAGUCAUUAUAG